AUGGAAAAGCGCCUCUUCGUGCAACUGAACGGCAACAGAAAAGUCAUCGGCAUCCUGCGCGGCUAUGAUGUCUUCUUGAACAUCGUGCUCGACGAGGCCGUUGAGGAGAAGCCAGGCGGCGACCGCGAGAGGCUGGGCAUGGUUGUCAUCCGCGGCAAUUCCGUGGUUAUGCUCGAGGCGUUGGAGAGGAUGGGGGAUGAUCGACGAUAG